CUUUAUUCCCUGAAUCAAAACAAAAAAAAACAGUCUUUAUAGGGAUGAUUACCAGCUCAAUAAUUGAUAAUUCAUUGGAGUAGAGUAAAUUAUAAGCAGAUUGGUGUUCAAGAAUUCUUUCCUUCUCUCGAAGGACGAAGAGUGUGGGGUUUUUCAAGAUCUAGACGACGAAUUUCACCAUGUUCUUUAGCUUCACACCUUUCAAAGGCAUGAAAUCAAAAAUCGUUCCUUACUAUAUGAACGGAAAUCCAUCAAGUCUUUUCUGCAUCUUACCACGAGACGAUUCUUCACGCUUUUUUCCUCCUGGAAGCGCCCCUGUUUACCUUAAUGUCUACGACAUCUCCACCAUUAACACUUGCAUAUCAUGGACAGGCCUCGGUGCCUUUCACACAGGAUUAGAAGUUCAUGGUGUCGAAUAUGGUUUUGGGUGUCAUCAAGAAUCAGAAAGUGGUGUUUUUGAGAUUGAGCCUAAAAAAUGCCCUGGAUUUAAGUUUAGAGAGUCGAUUUUAAUGGGUACUACGAAUUUGAGCCCUAGUCAAGUUCAAAGAUUCAUUGAGCUCCAAUCUAAUAACUACUAUGGUGACACGUAUCACUUAUUUGGGAAGAAUUGCAAUCAUUUUUGUGACGAUAUGUGUCAAAAGUUAACCGGAAACAAAAUCCCUAGAUGGGUUAACCGGCUAGCCAAAUUAGGUUCAUGUUGUCGUUGUAUACUCCCGAAAUCAAUCAAGGGUUCAGGUGUUAAAAACAAAUCAAACUCUUCCGAUGAUGAUGAGUAUGAAAACAAGAGUUUAAGAGGUUCAUUUAGUUGUUUCUCAUCAUUUUCAACGCAUAAUAAGUUGAGAAAGGUGUCAAUUUCGUCAUUAUAUAAACAUUCACUCUACAAAGGAUGCCUUCCACCAUGGGAGUUACAAGUGGACUCACAAAGGCUUUGUGAAGAAGAAGAUGAAGAUGAGGAUGAUGAGUAAAGUGGUUUUUGUCAUGUUUCAUUUUUUUUAUCGGUUUUGGUGAAACACCAAAGAUUUUGUGCAAUUGAUAUGAAAAAGAUAAAAGAUUUUCGUGAUUGUGUUGUAAGAUUUUCCCGAAUUUUGAUGCUUGGGAUUGAUUGUAAAAAUAUAUUCUUUGUACUUUGGGCAUCUUUAAUAGUGGAUAAUGUACAAAUGGA